CUCGAAUAUACUCGCACGCCUACUCGCAACACCCUCCGCCAGCCAGAACCAUGGCCAACGCCGAGCAGAUUGCCCUCGACGCCAAGCUCUCGUUCGACGCCUCGCAACUCGUUGACUCGCACGAGCGACACAAGGCCCUCGUCGCCUUGAAGGACGCCCUCACCACCGCCAAGGCCGACAUCUUGGCCGCCAACGCCCGCGACAUCGAGGAUGCCAAGGUCCAGGUCGCAGCGGGCAAGAUGUCGUCGACGCUCCUCAAGCGGCUCGACCUCCAGUCGUCCAAGAGCAAGUACGACGACAUGCUCCAGGGCAUCCUCGACGUCGACUCGCUCCCGGACCCGACCGGCCAGGUCACGUACGCCCGCCAGCUCGACGACGACCUCGAGCUGCACCGCGUUACGUGCCCGAUCGGUGUCCUCCUCGUCAUCUUUGAGGCGAGGCCCGAGGUCAUCGUCAACAUUACCGCGCUUGCCAUCAAGUCGGGCAACGCCGCCAUUCUCAAGGGCGGCAAAGAGUCGCUCCACACGCAGGCCGCCAUGACGACCGUCAUCCAGGGCGCCCUCUCGACGACGGCCCUCCCGCGCGCCUACAUCCAGACCGUCUCGUCGCGGUCCGAGAUCGCGUCGCUCCUGUCGCAGGACCGGUACAUCGACCUCGUCAUCCCGCGAGGGAGCAACUCGCUCGUGCGCAGCAUCCAGAACGACUCGCGGAUACCCGUCAUGGGCCACGCCGACGGCCUGUGCGCCGUCUUUGUCGACGAGUCGGCCGUCGAGAAAAAGGCCAUCAACGUCGUCGUCGACUCCAAGACGACCUACCCGUCGGCGUGCAACGCGGCAGAGACGCUCCUCGUGCACGAGGCCCUCCUGUCGACCCUGUGGCCGACACUCGCCGCGUCGCUCCUCUCGGCCGGCAUCACCCUGCGGUGCGACCCGCCGACCCUGUCCGCCCUCACCUCGUCCCCCUCGACCUCGUCGCACGCCGCCUUUGCCUCCCUCGUCUCGCCCUCGUCGCCUGAAGACUACGACACCGAGUUCCUCGAGCUCACGCUCGCCGUCAAGGCCGUCCCCUCGUGCGCCGACGCCAUCGCCCACAUCAACGCCCACUCGUCGCACCACACCGACUGCAUCGUCACCGAGAGCGACGACAACGCGAGGGCCUUCUCGCGCGGGAUCGACUCGGCCGGCGUGUACGUCAACGCGAGCACGCGCUUUGCCGACGGGUUCCGGUACGGGUUCGGCACCGAGGUGGGCGUGUCGACGGGCAAGACGCACGCGCGAGGACCGGUCGGGCUCGAGGGGCUCGUCAUCUACAAGUACCAGGUGCGGUCGAGGGCGGCAGAGGGCCACGCGACGGCCGUCUUUGGCACCGGCGAGGGCCAGCGCCCGUUCCUCCACACGCCGCUUCCGCUCGGCGACGCGCCGUUCUAG